AGCAGGGCAGGCAGGUUCGCACCAUGGGGCGCCUGGAGCUGGUCGUCGUGGGCCUGGCGUGCUGCCUGGCGGCCGUCAGCGCAGCGAAGCUGGGUGCCGUCUACACGGAAGGCGGCUUCGUGGAAGGCGUCAACAAGAAACUUGGGCUGUUUGGUGACUAUGUGGACAUCUUCAAGGGGAUCCCCUUCGCAGCUCCCCCCAAGGCCCUGGAGAAGCCUCAGCCACACCCUGGCUGGCAAGGGACCCUGAAGGCCAAGGAAUUCAAGAAGCGCUGUCUGCAGACCACCAUCACCCAGGACAAGAGCUACGGGGCCGAGGACUGCCUCUACCUCAACAUCUGGGUCCCUCAGGGCAAGAAGGAAGUGUCCCACAACCUGCCCGUCAUGGUCUGGAUCUUCGGCGGCGCCUUCCUCAUCGGGUCGGGCCAGGGCGCCAACGUGCUGAAGAACUACCUGUACGACGGGGAGGAGCUGGCGACCCGCGGCAACGUCAUCGUGGUCACCUUCAACUACCGCGUGGGCCCCCUGGGCUUCCUCAGCACCGGGGACGCCAACCUGCCCGGUAACUACGGGCUCCUGGACCAGCACAUGGCCAUCGCCUGGGUGAAGAGGAACAUCGCCGCCUUCGGGGGGGACCCCAACAACAUCACCAUCUUCGGGGAGUCGGCCGGGGGUGCCAGCGUCUCUCUGCAGACCCUGUCUCCCUACAACAAGGGCCUCAUCCGCCGAGCCAUCAGCCAGAGCGGCGUGGCCCUGAGCCCCUGGGCCGUGCAGAGGAACCCCCUCUUCUGGGCCAAGAGCGUCGCCAAGAAGGUGGGGUGCCCCUUGGAUGACACAGCCAGGAUGGCCAAGUGUUUGAAGGUCACUGACCCCAAGGCGCUGACCAUGGCCUACAAGCUUCCUCUGGUCAACAUGGAGUACCCCCUGAUGCACUACCUGGGCUUCCUGCCCGUGGUGGACGGAGACUUCCUCCCCGACGAGCCCAGCCGCCUGUUCCACAACGCCGCUGACAUCGACUACAUCGCGGGCACCAACGACAUGGACGGCCACUUCUUCGCCAACAUGGACCUGCCCGCCAUCGACAAGAACAAGCAGAGCCUCACCGAUGAGGACUUCUACAGGGUGGUCAGCGGGCUGACCUACGCCAAGGGCGUGAGGGGCGCCGAGGCCACCUACAACUUCUACACGGAGCCUUGGGGCCAAGACGCCUCCCAGGAGACCAAGAAGAAGACGGCGGUGAACUUCGAGACGGAUGUCCUCUUCCUGAUGCCCACGGCCAUGGCCCUGGCCCAGCACAAGGCCCAGGCCAAGACCGGCAGGACCUACUCCUACGUGUUCUCCCACCCCUCACGGAUGCCCAUCUACCCCAAGUGGGUGGGGGCUGACCACGCUGACGACCUCCAGUACGUGUUUGGGAAGCCCAUGGCCACGCCCCUGGGCUACCGCGCACAGGACAGGACCGUGUCCAAGGCCAUGAUCGCCUACUGGACCAACUUCGCCAAGACUGGGGACCCCAACGUGGGCUCCUCGCCCGUGCCCACUCGGUGGGAGCCCUACACGGCAGAGGGCAGAGACUACCUGGACAUCAACAACAAGAUGGACGAGGGCUCCAUGAAGCGGGACCUGCGGGCCAGCUACCUGCAGUUCUGGAUGCAGACGUACCAGGCCCUGCCCACCGUGAGCAGCAGCGGGGCCGCCCCCCAGCCCCCCAGCGAUGACUCCGAGGUCGCCCCCCAGCCCCCCAGCGAUGACUCCGAGGCCGCCCCCCAGCCCCCCACCGAUGACUCCGAGGCCGCCCCCCAGCCCCCUUCGGAAUCCCCGGAGACCAACAUGCCUCUGGUCAUUGGGUUCUAAGGCCUG